AUAUAUUAAGCUUUAAGAUUAAAAAAAAUUGUGAUAUGAUGUCACAAACAUAAUCAUUCAGCUGUGACGGGAUUACUUGCAAUUUCAUCAGAAGUUGGAACCUGCUAAUAUCAUAUCUAGAUUACUCAAAAACUUUGAGGUUCAAGGUUUAAAGGUCGUAAAUUCAUUGACCCGUAACUGAAUUACUCUAAAUUCUGAGGAAGUUAAAAGUUUAAAGGUCACAAACUCGUCAAUCCGUGACCGAAAUGAUGAUUCCAGCAGUGAUAAAAGUCUUCCUAUCUGACGAUCCAAACUCAGCUGUUGAUGCUCCGAUAACUCCUAACACAACUGCACUAGAUGUCAUACAAUACUGUAGAGAGCCUGGUGAAACAGCUUGCCAUCUGGCAGAGCUAUGGAGGGGGAAUGAAAGAGAAGUCAGUGAAGGUGAGAAACCAUACACCAUACUGCAACAAUGGGGAUCAUAUGCACCAGAAGUUCAGUUUUAUCUCCGUCAUGUUAGUGGGAGUGCUGGAAACAUUAUUGAACGACAGAAUAGUUGGGCUGAUGAUCAAAAUGUCAUCCAAUCUCUCGCGAAUCGAACUGAUCUGUCUCUGGCUGAGCUCAAGGAAAUGGCUCAAAGACAACAAAAACAAAUAGAGCAGCAGCAACAAAUGCUUGUAGGAAAAGAACAGAGGCUAAGGUUUCUACGGCAACAGGCACAACAACAACAAGCAAUGUUGGGCGAAAACGAUCGACUGAAACGACUCAGAGAGAAAGCUGAAGCCCAAGAAGCUAAGUUAAAGAAAAUUAGAGCAAUGAGAGGAAAAUUGGAUCAAAGAAGAUAUGACAACACAACUCUUUCUGCUGAACUAGAAGCAGUGAGAGCGUUGUUUGAAGAAAAACAAUCGGAAUUAUCAAAAGCCGUUUCUAAGGUUGACGAUCUAACAAGACAACUUGACGAUCUAAAGAAUAGCAAACUGGGGUCAGGAGGUCAAGAUAGUGGUCAACAGGUCACUAACACUGCAGUCGAUGGAAAUUACUCAUCCACAUCCGAGCUCGAAAAAUUACGGAAGGAAUUAUCGAUUCUAAAUCAUAUGAAUGAAGAACAACAAAAACAACUCAAUGAAAAACGAAGCGUUUUGAAAAAACGGAACGAAGACGCUGGCGACUUAGAUCGUAGAAUUGAAGACCUUACUGACAGAUUAAAAAAGAAACGUGCCGCUGCAGGUCUUCCCGACGACCAAUGGUCUGGGGGCGAUAAAUACAAAGCGCAAUCGUACAAAGUACCCCCAGGAAAAAUGCACACGAUUGUGGCCGCAGUCGAACCGGUAAAACAAAGCCCGCAAAAUGUACAAGAGGAUUAUGACAUGAUGCAUAUGAAGCACAGGCAAGGGAGUUACCAGGGAUAUGGUCAGGAACAAGUUAACAACAACAAUAGUCAAGGAAUGUUACAACAAGCUGGCCAACCCUAUCGUGGUCAAAUUGAUAAUUCGAACAGGCAAACGCCCCCUUAUAUGCCAAGACAAAACACGUAUGGCGCUCCUAGUGGAAAUAAACUUCCCCAAAAACAGCAGUUAACAAAAUCGAAUAGCAGCGAUAACUUGCAAGGACAGGGUGAUGGUUUUGCAGCUAACCGUGCGAUGUUCGAAAAAGCCCAACCGGGCAACAAACCACCCCCUAUUUCUGCUGGAAAUCGGGCCCAGUCUGCGAUGGCACAGCUAUUCCCAACUCCACCUCCUAAAGCUGAAUCUCUCACUGCCAAAGUGAGACCAAUGUUCGCAAAAGGAGCCCAGCAACAGCAAGGCUAUGGAUCCCCUACCGCAACAAACGCAGCUUCUAGCCCUGGAAUAAAUCUCUUCGCUUAUUCUCAACCACCUGCCGUCACAACCCCUUCGUUUCUGCCUUCGAAUGUUACCGUACUUCCGAGUGGAAAUAUCCGAUACACCCAACCCCCUGCUGGUCACCCUCCACCCCCAUACCCAAGCGGUUCUCGUGCUGUUUAUGGGGACUCUAACUCCCCUGAACGACAUGUACCAAUUGAUAUAGAAGCACUUCGAAGAAAAUUUGCACACGCACCUCGCCCGCUUAAAAAGAGAAGCUCAAUUACGGAGCCAGAGCGACCUCAAGGGCCUGCGAUCCCAAAAUUCAUUUAUGAGCAAAUUUAUAAACAAGCUGACACGCCCUUUUACCGCCCAAGUGGAGAUGACACGCCUGCUGUUCCUGUACCUCCCAUACCAGACACCCCACCACCAGCAUAUGUGGCACCUGCGAAGCCUCCACUUCCACCCAUACCUGGUCCAGAGCAGCAACUACCAGAUGCAAUUAGUUAUGAGCAUAACGUGUCUCCUGCGGCGUAUCGCAAACAGCAACAAAAUUUACGUAAAAUAGCGGCGGCAGUCAAUCAAAUGAAAUCAGGGCAAGAAAUCAGUCAAAUCCCCACCCCUGAAGUACAAGAAGACCAAUCACGUGUCAGAGAUGAUUAUGAUGACCACUCCCCACAACAUUCAAAUGACUUUGAAACUAGUUCAGAUAUAUCUUCUUCCACCCUUCCAUCAAUAGUCGUACCACAACUUCCUUACGCCCCCGUCCCGACGAAAAGCAAUCUCAAAACGAGAGCGAGCAUUCCGAAAGGUCUACGGAUCCGUUUCGACCCUCUUGCUCUUCUGCUCGAUGCCUCUCUUGAAGGGGAAUUUGAUUUAGUUCAGGAUAUUAUCGACCAGGUUCCAGACCCUAGUGGGGCCAAUGAUGAAGGGAUUACUGCUCUACACAACGCUGUUUGCGCUGGACAUACGGACCUUGUUCGCUUCCUUGUACAUUAUGGGAGUGACAUAAAUGCAGCUGAUACUGAUGGCUGGACGCCUCUGCAUUGCGCUGCCUCUUGUAACAACUUGAGUAUGGCAAAGUUCCUCGUAGAAAAUGGGGCUUGUAUCUUCGCAACUACGAUAAGCGAUGGUGAAACCGCAGCUGAUAAAUGUGAAGAAUUAGAUGAAGGAUAUCUGCCAUGCUUUGAUUAUUUAUCAGGAAUACAGGAAAAGUUUGGAAUUGUGAACAAAGGACAAGUGUUUGCUUUGUAUGAUUACGAGGGAGAAGCAGAAGAUGAACUUUCUUAUAAAGAUGGAGAUAUCAUGACUAUCAUACGACGAGGAGAUGACAGUGAGCUGGAAUGGUGGUGGGCAAGAAAGCAAGAUAAAGAAGGAUAUAUCGCUAGAAAUCUACUUGGAAUGUGGCCAAGGAUAAAGCCUAGAGAUGACCGAGAUUGAGAUGGUCAUUGAAACGAAACUUUCAAAUUUUCACUCCAAAAAAUUUGCACCCUACUCAAGAUUAAAACUACAAGAAUAAGAUCGCUAGGUGCCCUGUAAGCAAUUUUGAAAAUGACUUCAAAUGUUUUGAGUUGAGUUUUUUAUUCUGUGCUUUGAGGAAUUGGUACCCUGGAUCAAAAUAAAACUGCAAGACACUCUUCAGUUAUUUUCAACUAUGCCUUUGCAUUAGUGAAUCUGUAUGCGUAUUACGCAAAGAUGCUACAGCAAGAGUGAAAAUAACUAUUCUAUUCAAUUCAGGAGUCUUGCUGCACACUAACACAAAUGUAUUUCUGUAACGUUUCAUCUGACCAAAAUCAGACUUCUUCAAACAAGCAGUCUACAAUACAUUUGUGUCAUUGUGCUGCAGCACUCUUGAAUUGAAUAGUAUGGUCAUGUUUAUCCUUCUCCCUUGCUACAACAUCCUUGCAUUGUCGCAUACGAAUCAACCAGCGCAAAGGCAUUGAAGAAGGAUAGGAAGUUACUCUCGUGCAACCUCUACUGAUCGUGUUCUUAAGCUUGACUUUUUUUGGAAAUUUCUCACGCCAAAUUAGUUAAUCAUUAUGCUGGUACGAUUACACCAAAUGUUUUCUAUUUUUCAUUCCUUUUUGAAAUAGAGCUUUUGAAAUUUCACCACAAAGAAUUUACACAUUGUAUCAGAAUAAAACCAAGGUGCUUUAUCAGCUAUUUUUAAAUGGGCUUUCUUGGACUGGCACAUAAAAUCGAAAUCCCUUUUCAAUUGUUUUUGAAGAGAGUAUGAGUGAUUGAGUGUUAAGAUAUUUUAAAUAUGUUUUGCUUUUAAAUUUUGCUUUGAUCCUUUUGCACCUCAGACCACUUUUUUUGAGCAUGAAUUGUUGACUUGGGAUGGGAUUUGGAAUCUUACAAUCAAAAUACGCCCCAAAUACCACUGGAAUGUUAAACAGGGGUGCUAAAAGUCUCCAGUUGGUGGCCACGUGCUUUUAAAGAUCUAUAAUAUGAUUCUUCGACUGUAAAUUCUAAUUAUAUCUUCCAAUACACAUUUAUCUGUUACAUAAUUUAAUAUUGAGCGUAUGUCAGACAAGUGGUCGUAUUGUCAUGCAUUGUGUAUUCUCGACCUUUCUUUUUCAAAAUCUAUUGUUACAUCACUAACAAUAGUAUGACAUAACAAACACCUGUUUGAAUCUAUUGUUUCAAAUUUUGGAACAGUCGUCAGAUUUGAUACAGAAUUUUUUAUGAAGAUGUAUCCACACAUUUUCUCUAAAUUAGACUCGGGAUAAGUAGACUCCGUUACUUGAUAACUAAUCUAAACAAAACUGGAAUCUGCAUUUCUUACUCAAUUUAUAGGUAUGUCCUAAAGAUGGCGGUUUGUUUUGUUGUUUAAAUGAGGAUCCCACGACUCUGAAUUAUUGAAGGAUAUUCUUGAUUAUAUCAUGGAAGAUCUACGAUCUCCAUCUGGUUCAGCACUGUUUACCUUAUCUAUUACAUCCUGGAAACAGGGGCGUUGCCAGAAAUUUUUAAAGGGAGGUUCUGAAAUUUCUAUUUGCCAAGUUAGAUCGAAACAGCUAGCAGGUCCGGCCGAACGCCAGAAAUCGUGUGUUUUCAUGAAUUUUGAGGUUCUAAAAAGCAUUUCAAGCUACGAAAUAUUGCUAUGUGUGUUACAGAAAGAUGCUUCUAUUUUUUUACAUUUCAAAAAGGGGAGGAGGGGGGGGGUGAUCCUCAAAACUACCCCCUGGCAUACGCCCCCUGCCUGGGAAAGAUGGUGGACAUGACUGAAAUCAUGGCUCCUACUAGAAUUAAUAUUUGUAGAUUUGGACCCUUUUCAUACAAUUCCAUUGAGCAAUAGGUACCGACACUCCUAAUCCUACUGUAAAGAUCACUGUUUUUCGCUCAAAAUGUUUCUACUUAUAUCGUUACCUAUAAACCGGAAAAGUGUUUUAUUAUGUCGAUGGUGCUAUAUCAUUUGAAGAAUUAAUAAAUAAUACUGGUAUUAUUGAAAUAUUGGAUGUAUUCGUCAAUUCAACCAUUUUA